CUAUUUUAAUUUGGCGCUAAGUGCUGGCAGCUGGCAGUAGUUCGUUGCAUAAGCGCAUGGGCAGACGUGUAUUUGAGACCUGUAGCUGUGGAGCAUCAACUUCAACGGAUCUCAUAUCUGGAACUUGUGACUUCAUUUUCGCAUUAUUUACUGCGUCUUUUUUUGCAAGGACCUGCAAGUGCAUGCAUAGGCUUUAUCGUUUGGUCUAGAUGCUACCCCAAAAACUAUACCCGUACAGUUAGAUCAAUGUGAUCUAGACCAUAGCCAGCCAACCUACAUGGUCUGGUAAUUUGUUUAUGGAAGGUAUCCAUCCUGGCGUUAAGGCUGACAUUAUUUUAGUUGCAGCGCAUAACUAGGCAAACAUUUCGUGUGAUGGGACUCUCCAAACUCUGAAGGUGGUUUGAAUGAUGAGUAUGGAGAGAAGUUAUCAAUGGAGAAGGACAAACAUUUUAACUCAAAGUUCAGGAGUGUCACUGAAGUGGGAAAACAAGAGGACUAGAGGAGAAGGAGAAAGAUGGAGCCCAUAUCUUUAGAUGGGGCUGCAACGGUGGAUGAGCUGAUGGAAGCGUGCAUCCAAGCCUUCGAUGAGAAGGGCACUUUGAAGGACCCUUCUGUAGUGCGCAUGUUCCUCAUGAUGCACCCUUGGUACCUCCCAUCCACCGACAUGGCUAAGAAACUACUGCUCAAAUCACAGGAGGAGAGCUGUUCUGCUGAACGCAGGACAAGAAUCUGCCACCUGGUGAAGUACUGGAUUUCGGAGUUCCCAGCAGAGUUCAAUCUAAACCCAGAACUGGCAGAGCAGAUUAAAGACCUCAAGGACCUAUUGACCACCGAGGGGAACGAGCGCCAGAGCCAACUCAUCGACAUCGACAGUGUACCGUCGUACAAAUGGAAGCGUCAGGUGACCCAGCGGCAACCCUCUAUGUCCAAGAAGAGGAAGAUGUCUCUGCUGUUUGACCACCUGGACUCCUGUGAGCUGGCCACACACCUCACCUACCUGGAGUACAAGUCCUUCUGCAAGAUACUGUUCCAGGACUACCACAGUUUUGUGAUGCAUGGCUGCACGGUGGACAACCCCAUCCUGGAGCGCUUUAUCACCCUGUUCAACAGUGUGUCUCAGUGGAUCCAGCUCAUGGUGCUCAGCAAGCCCACCGCCCCCCAGAGGGCAGAAGUCAUCUCCCACUUCAUCAGGGUGGCUCAGAACCUGCUCCAGCUUCAGAACUUCAACACUCUGAUGGCCGUGGUGGGGGGGCUGAGUAACAGCUCUAUAUCUCGCCUCAAAGACACCCAGUCACACAUCAGCAACGAGACCAACAAGGUGUUCAACAGCCUGAUCGAGUUAGUGACGUCUUGUGGUAACUACAGCCAGUACCGCCGCCGCUUCUCCGAGUGCACAGGCUUCCGCUUCCCCAUCCUGGGCGUGCACCUCAAGGACCUGAUUGCUGUGCAUGUGGCACUGUCCGACUGGGCUGACCCGGGCAAGAGCAGGGUCAACCUGGCUAAGUGUCAACAGCUGUAUGCCAUCCUCCAGGAGCUGGCGCUGAUCCAGACCACACCACCCACCAUUGAUUCCAACACAGACCUGCUCAAUCUACUCACAGUGUCUCUGGACCAGUACCACACCGAGGAGGAGAUCUACCAGCUGUCUCUACAGAGAGAGCCACGCAGUGCUAAACCAGCAAACUCUGGCCCCGCUCCCGCCCCCAAGCCCUCUAUGAUUGACGAAUGGGCAGCGUCGGUGAAGCCCAAAGCUGACCCUGCGGUCAUCAACAAACACAUAGAGAAGAUGGUGGACUCUGUCUUCAAGAACUUUGACACGGACGGGGAUGGUCACAUCUCCAGGGAGGAGUUUGAGAUCAUCAGGGACAACUUCCCCUACCUCAGCAAGUUUGGAGAACUGGACAAGAACCAAGAUGGGAAGAUCAGCAGAGAGGAGAUGAUUGACUAUUUCAUGAAGGCCAGCUCUCUGCUCAACUGUAAGAUGGGCUUCAUCCACACCUUCACAGAGACCACCUACGUCAAGCCCACCUUCUGUGAACACUGCACUGGCUUUAUAUGGGGCUUCUACAAACAGGGAUACAAGUGUAAAGCUUGUGGAAUUAACUGUCACAAGGCGUGUCAAGGUCGUCUGGCAGUGGAGUGUCGUAAACGGACCAAGAGCAUUAGCCACGAGCACGCACCCUCUCUCCAGGCACGCUCCUACAGCUUCCCCCCUCCGGCCAACAGCCCACCCAGCCUACAGAACACAGUGAUUGUAGAGGAAGACCUAGAGGCAGUGGAGGAAGGAAUGUUUGAUAUCCAUCUAUAACCAGAAGUAUGCAUUCAGCCUAACACAGCUGGGAGGAAACAACAGAAGAUGUGAGCCAGAAGCACAGCCUACUAUGGCGGCCUUAGUGCUGGAGUCUGUUCAGAAGGGUGCAAUCUGUCAUCUACAACAGACACGAUUCCCUCUUCUAUAUGACAGACAAUCAUAUCUCCUCUACGUAAUGGAUUUCUGAGUCUGAAUAUUGCAUGUAGAAAUGUAAUGAAUAGAGCAGACACGAUUCCCUCUUCUUUGACAGACAAUCAUGUCUGCUCUCUUCAUUCCAUUUCUAUAUGCAACGUUCAGACUGUCUCGGAUAGAAAUCCAUUACGUAGUACAGAUAAGAUUGUCUGUUCUGUAGAAGAGAGACUGGUGUAAGCUCUUCAUUCCAUUUCUAUCUGCGAUGUUCAGCGUGUUUCACAUCACUGACUGAACACCCCCGGUGAGACUUCCAGAGAAAGAGAGAGAAUAAAUUGCACUGAACCCAACACAGGAUACAGACAUGCUGUCACAUGGUGGACAAAAACUGCAACUGCAUAUCUUCAAGCACUCAAUAUUUCUUCCUCUGUGUAUCUCAACUCCCUUUAAACAAGUGAAUGUGAUUUUGACGAGAAUGUCUUUCUAUGUUAAAUCUGCAUUUUAGAUUCUGGAUAUGGGCCCAUGUUUUCAUCUCUUACAUAGUUUUAAGCACUGAAUAUAGAAAAAAAUCCACAUAAUUGUAUUUUCAGGGUAGAGAUGUCAUUGGAUUAGUGUAACGUUAUUGCCUCCAAGUUUAAGUGGUGUUGUGUUUUCAGUGCAUUGAGCUGUACCUUAUUCUAAAUGAAUAACCUAAAUGAUGUCUCUCCAAAAUGCCAAGAAAGGCUAGAUGCCACCCGGACUUCCGUCUUUCUGAGAAAGCUUUGCUUUGUCUUAGUAGUUUGUCAUCUUGUUGAUAGUGAAUCGUAUGAGAGAAAUUUAAAACGCCAUGUGUUCGAUGUCCGAGAUGAAAUGUUUCAGCUCCAGAUCUAACUGUUGACUGCAUUCCUGGAUUGGGAAUCUCACUUGGAUCUAUCUCAACAGCAACAAUAUCAACAACUCAAAUAGACUGUGGAAAACUCCAGAAUUGGAAUAUUAUUUGAAUGCUGUUGUAUUUCCCGCCCUCCUGUUACCUGAAUAUUAAUGACUGUCCUAUGGUAAUUUGACUGUGGUGCGUAAAUUAUGGUAUAUGGUUAUGAUACUGGUCUGUCUCAGUGCAUGGGCCACUGUACCUUUCCUCUCUGUAACUUUGAAUGUAGUUUGAAACAGUGAAUAUUAUAUAUCGUC